AUGAUUUAUUUCAAGGUGAUUCUUGUUGUGGAGAUAGUGUUAUUGCUGCUGCCCCAAGUGUUGGGUGAGGGUCCACGUGCUCAAUGUCUCAUCAUGAAACCUUUUCUCAUUCAUCACCAGUAUUACCAGGAAGGGGGUGUACUCAUUGCUGGAAUUAUGUCUCAGGGCUUCAGAUUCUCAGAUCAAAUAAACUUUCGGGAAAAACCAUCUGAAGACAUUUUUGAGGACUAUGGCUAUUUCACGGCAAGCUGGACUUAUCUUGCUUCAAUACAGCUCCUCUCUCGGCGAGGUAUAUUUAUCCCUAAUUACAACUGCGGUGUUGAGAAGAUUCCUAUAUCCGUCAUUGGUGGACCUAACCACCACUAUCUUUUCGACAUUUCCAGUAUCUUCUCUAUGUACAAAAUACCACAGUUCAUCUAUGGCUCAGCUCCUGUGAUUCAAAGUAACUUCCAAAGUGUUUUCCUCCACUGGAUGCUCCCCGGCAGUCAUCAGUAUGAUGGGAUUCUCCAGUUACUCCUCCAUUUUGGAUGGACAUGGGUAGGGGUGAUUACUGAAGAAGAUGAGAACUCAGAGAAAUUUGUAGAGAACAUUCUUCCCAUAUUUGUUGGAAGAGGCAUUUGCUUUGAUUUCAUAGUCAGAUCCCCCAAGACGACAUUUUCUAACAAUGUGAUUGUGAUGGUGGAAAAAGGUUUCAGAAUCGUCAAGAAUGUUUUGGAAAGAACCGCUAACAUUGUGAUUGUUCAUGGUGAUAUUCUUCUCUUUAUAUUAUUGAGAUUCAUCUCCAUUAUUGCAGAAAUGGAGGGUAUGCCUCUGCAAACUAAGCAGAAAGUCUGGAUCAUGACAGCUCAGAUGGAUUUCAUAUCGUGUGGUUUUCAAAGGAGUUGGGAUAUAAAUAUGCUCCAUGGUGCUCUAUCCUUCACAUUGCACUCUAAGGAUCUUCUGGGCUUCCAGGAAUUUCUUCAGAUGAGAACCCCAACCUUGGUAAAAGAAGAUGGAUUUCUCAGGGCUUUCUGGGAAGAUGUAUUUCUUUGUUCUUUCUCCCAGCCUUCCUUAGACCACAAAGUUGGGAAGGUCUGCACAGGUGAUGAGAAACUGGAGACUCUGCCUGGGUCUGUUUUUGAACUUAGCAUGAGCGCCAACAGCUACAGCAUCUACAACACAGUCUAUGCUGUGGCCCAUGCACUGCAUCUCAUGCAUUCAUCCAUAGUCAAACGCAAUGUAGAUAUUGGCAGUGUAAAUUGGAAACAUCAGAAUCAUCAGCCUUGGCAGUUGCCCCGCUUUCUAAGAAAUUUGUCAUUUAAUAAUAGUGCCAUGGAAGAGAUUUCCUUUGACCAAAAUGGAGAAUUAAUAGCUGGAUUUGAUAUAAUGAAUUGGGUUGUGUUGUCGAAUGGAUCCGUUCUUAGAGUAAAACUUGGAAUGAUGGACCCACAGGCUUCCCUGGGAAAGAGAUUCACCAUUCAUGAAGACAAUGUGACUUGGCCCAGGAGGUUCAACCAAACCCUUCCCAUUUCUCUGUGUAAUGACAAAUGCCAGACCGGCUACAGAAGGGCCAAGAAGGAAGGGAAGCCAUUUUGCUGCUACAAUUGUCUUCCAUGUUCCAAAGGGAAGAUUUCGAACCAAAAAGAUAUGGAUUUUUGUUCUGAAUGCCCUGCAGAUCAACAUCCAAACAAUGAGAAAAAUGGAUGCUUUCCAAAAGAAAUCACCUACUUGACAUAUGAAGAACCUUUAGGGGUUAUUUUAGUAACUUUUGCUCUGACUUCUUCCUUCCUCACAGCUGGGGUGCUUGCCAUUUUCCUGAAAUACCAGGACACUCCCAUUGUCAAAGCCAACAACCGCAAGAUCUCCUACCUUCUUCUCCUAGCACUCCUGCUCUGCUUCCUUUCCGCUCUGCUCUUCAUUGGCCCACCGAAUAAGGUGACAUGCCUUCUUCGGCAAACUGCUUUUGGGAUGGUCUUCACGGUGGCCGUUUCUUGCAUUUUAGCCAAAACCAGCAUUGUGGUUCUUGCUUUCGUGGCCACCAAGCCAGAGUCCAGCAUGAAGAAAUGGGUGGCAAAAGAGUUGGCCUACUCUAUUGUUCUCUUCUGCUCCCUUAUUCAAGCUACCAUUUGUAUAGUGUGGCUAGUCACCUUUCCCCCAUUCAUAGACUUUGAUAUGCACACAAUGGCCACAGAAGUUGUCCUUCAAUGUAAUGAAGGUUCAGCAACCAUGUUCUACUGUGUCCUGAGCUUCAUGGGCUUCCUGGCCAUAGUCAGCUUAUGUGUUGCUUUCCUGGCCAGAAAGUUACCGGACACUUUUAAUGAAGCCAAGUUCAUUACAUUCAGCAUGUUGGCUUUUUGCAGCGUUUGGGUGUCCUUUGUUCCUACCUACUUGAGUACCAAGGGGAAAUAUAUGGUUGCUGUGGAGGUCUUCUCCAUCUUGACUUCCAGCAUUAGUUUGCUUGGUUGUAUCUUCUUUCCCAAAUGUUAUAUAAUUUUACUGAAGCCAGAACUGAAUAACAAAAGUCAACUAGGAAGAUUUAAAACAUAG